GCAACAGCUCCCAGUCUGGGAGCGAUCACUGUCACCCUUCCUUCACCUCUCCGUUCCUCUUUUCGCCUGCCCUCCCUGCCUGCUGUCCUUUCGUGGCCCAAAUCACGUGCUGGAGCCCGCACUUGCCGCACGGCGCUCGGCUGGGAAGCUGCACGGGAGUCCGGGCCUGAGAGCCGUGGUGCUUGGCCUCCUCCCGCCGCAUUCCCGGGCCCACCUCUAGGCUGCGCUGAUUGGCGGCUUCUGGGCCAUCCCCCCCGCUCUGAGCAGAUAGAGUACUCUGCCCAGCGGAAAGUUUAUUGCGCCGGGAGGAAGUUGGACAUUUAGAGACUCUUGAGAAGGCAGCUACGGAGGCUGCAGAGGUCUGGCAGGCCAUGGAGGAGCCCCCUUUGCGAGAGGAGGAGGAGGAAGGGGACGAGGCGGGGCCCGAGGGGGCUCUGGGCAAGAGCCCCUUCCAGCUGACAGCCGAAGACGUAUAUGACAUCUCUUACGUGAUGGGCCGAGAGCUGAUGGCCCUGGGCAGCGACCCCCGGGUGACACAGCUGCAGUUCAAGAUCGUCCGUGUUCUGGAGAUGCUGGAGACGCUGGUGAAUGAGGGCAACUUGACGGUGGAGGAGCUGAGAAUGGAGCGGGACAACCUCAGGACGGAGGUGGAGGGGCUGCGGAGAGAGGGCUCCGCGGCCGGCGGAGAGGUGAACCUGGGACCAGACAAAAUGGUGGUUGACCUGACAGAUCCCAACCGACCACGCUUUACUCUGCAGGAGCUGAGGGAUGUGCUACAGGAGCGCAACAAACUCAAGUCGCAGCUGCUGGUGGCACAGGAGGAGCUGCAGUGCUAUAAGAGUGGCCUGAUUCCACCAAGAGAAGGCCCAGGAGGAAGAAGAGAAAAAGAUACUCUGGUUGCUCGGGCCAACAAUGCCAGGAGUAACAAGGAGGAGAAGACAAUCAUAAGGAAGCUCAGGGACAGAGGAGGAUUUGUGCACCUUGGAGACAAAUCCAAGCCUCCUGACUUCAGAACCACAGAUGCUGGGUGUGGGCGUUCCAGUUCCAGAAGGUGAGGUGUAGUAACAUAUGACUGAAUUCUCGGGAAACCCCUCCAAGGCAGGUGGGCAGAGGCUGUUCCUAUUAAUGGACGCAUUUCAGAGGGUAAGUGAUUUGUUCAGGUGAUGGCUGACAAAUGCUUAAAGCAGAUGCCAGGAAUGGAUCAUUGUGCCUGUAAACUAACUCCACCCCAGUCCCAAUCUGCCUCUGUGCCUGGAGCUGAGGGAACAAAGCCUCUCUGGGGUGGAAAGUGCAGUGGGAGCCGAGAUCUGGGCUGAAUGGGGGAAUUUCAGCACCAGACAAGCACCCUUGCUGUGAAACGCCUGAGAGUCAAAUCUAGCACAUUAGAAACAAUUAUAAACUGUAAUAGUGGCGAAAAUUUAUGCUACAAGCCAGGUAUCGUUCUAAGGGGACAACGUGCUUAACUCUUCAUCUCCAAAAGCACCCUCUGACCCCCAUAAUACGGAAGAAACUAGAGUUCCCAUCGUGGUGCCACAGAAACAAAUCUAUUAUCCAUGUGGAUGCAGGUCAAUGGCCUUGCUCAGUGGGUUAAGGAUCUGGCGUUGCUGUGAGCUGUGGUGUUGGUCACAGACGCAGCUUGGAUCCUGCGCUGCUGUCUGUGGUGUAGGCUGGCGGCUACAUAUCCAAUUGGACCCCUAUCCUGGGGAAGCUCCAUAUGCCGCAAGUACAGCCCUAAAA